AGGGAGCAACCUGACCUUCCAGAAGCAAUGCGUUUUCAUGUCAUCGCCCUGCUGAUAGGAGCAGUCACCGCGUGCCACGCUGCAGAAAGCGAGAAGAAAGGCGGUCCUAUGCAGCGUGUCAAACGCAUGAUGGCCACAGAUGCAACUGCGGCUACAUCCACAAGUGCUGGAGAAGAGGAGGAUAUUCAGGACUCCUGGAGCUUCGACUCUGUCCUUAGUGGUGCCAGACGCUUAAUAAACGGCGACCAUGCAGGCAUCCUCGCUGACAUGAGCAUGGGAAAAGAGAUGCAAGAGAUCUUCGAAAACCCGGAAGUCUCCUAUCAAUUGCUCCAAGUCUUUCCCAUGUUCAAGGUUCUUAACGGGGUGAAAGAACUGAGCGCCAAGCCCAAAGAAUUAUUUACAAAAGCUGAUAGCCUUAGUGUCCUUGAGAGUUACCGAAACUUUGUCUCAACCGCUAUUAAAAAUAUGAAGGAUAUGGCGGAUCCUGUGGGGAUGGCCACCACCAUGCAAAAGUACUCGGAUGCCAUGAGUCCUGUCACACAAAAUCCGGAUGGUUCCCACAGAGCUUUGACAGAAGAAGAGAGACGUAUGACGGAGCUUGUCCGACGCGUGGAGGAGGGCGACCCGGAAGCCACCGGCCAGCUCCACGACAGGAUUGCCGACAGCCUUUGGGGAAAUACCAUCGAUUUGUCGGAGUUCAAGGGCAAAGAACCCGAGGCUCUUAAGGUGCUCCGAGAGAUCGUCAUGAAGGAGGAGCCCAAGGUCUUCGACCUCAUUACGGGCGAGGACCCGCUCGUCAGAAAAGUUCUUUCCGACCCCAGCAUGCUCUUCGAGCUGGACACCAUGGCGACGUAAAAUUAAAUGAAGUAAAUGAGUGCAUGCCUUGCAGCAUGAAAGGGCAAAUUGCGGAGGGAUGUCAGAAAAGCAAUGUCGGAAAAUAAUUUUACCGUUAUAAGGAAAGAAGAAAGAUAUAACGUGUGCUUAUUCAAAAAA